UUGUGAUUCAUUAUUCAGACGAAAAUAUUGUAAAAAAUAUAAACGAAAACUUUUUAAUGAGGAGAAUGAUUUUGAUAAAGACAUUAUUAUUGAUAUUUCAGAUUAUAAGUCAACAGCAUCUGAAAAAUUUUCAUCAUAUAAAAAUGAUGAUUUGUUGUAA